GUCGUGGACAAGAUGUCUGGACGAGCAAGAUGAGCAGUUCCGAACGCAGCAAUUUCGCUGGUCACGCCUCUGUGAAUGAAGAAUCAUGUCUCGUCACCACAACUCCAUCUAUUGGAAAGGAAACGAAGUUGAGACAGAGAAACCUCCUUAUGCCAACAAGGUCUGCGGCACUAAAUGGUACAUCAAGGACAAUGCCAAGAACCACAAGACCAUCAAGUACGACCUUGUGCACGACGAGACGGAGCCCAAGCCCGUCCUCCGUCGUGGCCAGACCUUCACCCUCGCCCUCAGUUUCAAGGAGGACUUCGACGUGAAAAAGGAUCGCGUGAUUUUGGACUUCAAAUUUGGCAACAAGCCCUUAAUCCAGAAGGGCACCAGAGCAGUCAUCCCAGUGCUGAGCGACGAGUCCACGAAGACCAAGGACUGGGCCAGCUGGAUCGACAGCAGGAGCAACGGCCGUCAUCUCAUCCUGCAGGUGCACAUCCCCGCCUGCGCAAUGGUGGGGAUCUGGAGGCUCGAAGUCCGCUGUGGCCUCCAGGACACGACUCAGGGGCAUGGCCAGAACGUCUACACUGACGAGACAGACUGCUACGUCCUCUUCAACCCCUGGUGCUUAGACGACCAGGUUUACUUCGGUGACGAGGGGAAGCUGGAAGAGUAUGUGAUGAAUGACACGGGCAAGAUUUUCACUUUAACCGACAAGCAACGAAUAGUCGGAGCUCCGUGGGUCUUUGGGCAGUUCGACGACGUGGUUCUCCCCGUCGCCGUGUACAUCCUCGAGUUGAGCGGCGUCGGCGACAGCGUGCGCGGAAAUCCCGUCCGUGUGGUGCGAGCCAUCUCUGCGGCGGUGAAUUCUGGCGACGAGGGAGGCAUUCUGGUAGGCAAGUGGCGCCCACCCUACGACGACGGCCAUCUCCCCUUCAUCUGGACAGGAAGCGCGAGGAUUCUGCAACAGUAUAAGGAGACUGGGUACAAGCCUGUCAAGUACGGCCAGUGUUGGGUCUUCUCCGGACUUGUGACCACAGUGUGCCGCGCCCUCGGCAUCCCCAGCCGCUCCGUCACGACCUACGCCUCCGGCCACGACUCGAACGCCUCCUUGACCAUCGACCGAUUCUUCACGCGGGGCGGCGAGGCGCUGGGCGGGGAGACCAUCUGGACCUUCCACGUGUGGAAUGACGUGUGGAUGGCCCGCCCUGACCUCCCUCCCGGCUACGGUGGAUGGCAGGCGAUCGACGCGACGCCACAGGAGGAGAGCGAGUCAAAGAUGCAGUGCGGCCCCGCGUCCCUGGAAGCCGUGAGGAAGGGAGACAUCGGCUUGAGCUACGACGCGCCCUUCGUGUUCGCCGAAGUCAACGCCGACGUCAUGCACUGGGCGGAGGACCCAGAGAGCGACUGGGGUUGGAGGAGGAUAGGAACGAUCAAGUGCCACGUCGGCCGAUCGAUCCUGACGAAGGCCUGCGGAAUGGACGACGACUUCGGCGACACGGACCGCGAGGACCUCCUCAGCAGCUACAAGAACCCUGAGUUCUCGGUGGCGGAGCGGCUGGCCGUCCGCAACGCCAUCCUAGGAAGCUCUCAGGCGCAGAAAAACUACGAGUGCAAUCCCGGACAGAAGAAUGACGUCUUCUUCGACCUCGUUGACAUCGAUGAGGUCACCAUUGGGCAGGAAUUCAAGGUUCUGUUGUUGGCUCGAAAUGAUUCCAAUGAGCCAAGAAGUGUCAGCACUUUCCUGACGGCUCGCUCAGUCUAUUACAACGGUGUCAGCGGUUCCCUCAUCAAGAAGACAGAAAGCAAGUUCAAACUGCAGCCAAAGCAGCAACAGGAGGUUUCCCUGACGGUGACAUACAGUGAGUACUGGGAGAAGAUGGUAGAGCACUGUUUGGUGAAGAUCUAUGCCAUCUGUCAUGUGGACGAAACCUGGCAGACAUGGAGUGAGGAAGACGACUUCGCAGUGACGAAACCAAAGCUGAAAAUCCAGGUUGACUCACACCCGAAGGUCGGCGUGGCCUGCGAAGCGACCUUCUCCUUCAAGAACCCGCUGGACAUGCCUCUGACCGACUGCCACCUGAGUGUGGACGGAGCCGGUCUCAUGCGUCCGAGGGCCAUCGAUAUCAACACCGAGGUGCCGGCCCACGGAGAGUUCACAUACACCUUGAGGUUCCUGCCGCGCAUCCACGGAGAGAGGAAGAUCAUCGCCUCGUUCACAUCCAAGGAAAUCUUCGACAUCAGAGGCAUGAAGACUAUGAAUGUCCAGAAGCGAGACUAGACAGAGACAAACAAAUAAACAAAUGGACAAAGAAGCUGGAUUGCUGGGCACAGAUGAGAAACGUGCGGGUCAAAAGGAACGUACAUAUGAGAAGAAAUAUGUGCAGCUCCAAACAAACAAAUGAAUAAUUUGAGCGGGUUUGCUGGACCAACACGUGAAAUAUGCACCUAUUUUGUUCAAGAAAAUUUGAAGAUUAAAAUUAUUCAGAGCCAAGAGAAAAGAUUAUAUUUCCAUUUAUUUCUAAACGAUAGUAGUGUUAGAUGU